UUCAAACCUUUCACAAAAUUCCAUUUCUCGUGGAACCACCCAAAAAAAGAAAAGAAAAAGGAGAACUUAGUGAGUUGACUCGGAGAAUGGGGAUGGAAUCGGAGGACGAGGUUAUGGGGGACGGGUCGGGCUCGGCGGAGCGGAGAUCCGGAGCAGGUCCGAGACUGUUCAUCAAAGAGAUGGUGAUGCGAAACUUCAAGUCCUACGCCGGCGAACAGCGCGUCGGGCCUUUCCACAAGAGCUUUUCAGCAGUGGUUGGACCAAAUGGGAGUGGGAAAAGCAAUGUGAUUGAUGCAAUGCUGUUUGUAUUCGGAAAGCGAGCAAAGCAGAUGCGUCUUAAUAAAGUUUCGGAGCUCAUCCACAAUUCCACUAAUCACCAAAAUUUGGAUAGUGCAGGUGUCUCUGUACACUUCCAGGAGAUUAUUGAUUUGAAUGAUGGAACAUAUGAAGCUGUUCCAGGGAGUGACUUUGUGAUUACUCGAGUUGCCUUUCGGGAUAACUCUUCUAAAUAUUAUAUUAAUGACCGGUCAAGUAAUUUUACUGAAGUUACCCGGAAAUUGAAAGGGAAAGGAGUUGACCUGGACAACAACCGUUUUUUGAUUCUUCAGGGUGAAGUUGAGCAAAUUUCACUUAUGAAGCCAAAAGCUCAGGGACCCCAUGAUGAAGGUUUUCUUGAAUAUCUUGAGGACAUAAUUGGAACCAACAAAUACGUCGAAAAAAUUGAUGAAGCAAAUAAGCAGCUAGAAUCUCUUAAUGAGAGCAGGUCUGGGGUGGUACAAAUGGUUAAGUUAGCCGAGAAAGAGAGAGAUAGCUUGGAGGAUGUGAAGAAUGAAGCAGAAGCAUACAUGCUGAAAGAGUUGUCUCUCUUGAAAUGGCAAGAGAAAGCCACAAAAUUGGCUCAUGAAGAUACUAAUACAAAAUUGGUUGAACUACAAGCAAAUGUUGCCAGUUUAGAAGAAAACCUGAAGACUGAAAGGGAGAAUAUACGAGAAAGUCAUAAAACGUUGGAGGAGAUUGAAACUGUGCAUAACAAGUACAUGAAGAGACAAGAGGAACUUGAUAAUCAACUCAGAAGCUGUAAGGAAGAGUUUAAGAAUUUUGAAAGGCAGGAUGUCAAAUAUCGGGAAGAUUUGAAGCACAUGAAGCAAAAGAUCAAGAAACUUGAGGAUAAACUUGAAAAGGAUUCAACAAAGAUUAAUGACUUAGAAAAGGAGUGUGAAAACUCAAAAAAUCUGAUCCCGGAACUUGAGGAAAGUAUACCAAAACUGCAAAAGCUCUUGCUGGAUGAGGAGAAAGUCUUGGAGGAAAUUAAAGAGAAUUCUAAAGUUGAAACUGAGAGAUAUCGUGCUGAGCUUGCAAAAGUUCGUGCUGAAUUAGAACCUUGGGAAAAGCAAUUGAUUGAACAUAAGGGAAAACUAGAAGUUACAUGUACUGAAAGCAAGCUUUUGAAUGAAAAGCAUGAAGCUGGUCAUGCAGCAUUUGAAGAUGCUCGAAAGCAGAUGGAUGUUAUAUUGGGAAAACUAAAAACAAAAACUGCAAGCAUCACAAAUAUUCAAACUGAUAUAGAAAGGAACAAGCUUGAAGCAUCGGAAGCUCGUAGAGUGGAACAAGAAUGUAUCAAAGAACAGGAUGCACUGAUUCCUAUUGAACAAUCUGCAAGACAGAAGGUUGCAGAACUUAAGUCUAUUCUGGAUUCUGAGAAGAGUCAGGGAUCAGUUCUGAAAGCAAUCUUGCAGGCCAAGGAGUCCAACCGAAUUGAGGGAAUAUAUGGCAGGAUGGGUGAUCUUGGUGCUAUUGAUGCAAAAUAUGAUGUUGCUAUAUCAACGGCAUGCCCUGGACUUGAUUAUAUUGUAGUGGAAACAACAGGUGCAGCACAAGCAUGUGUUGAGCUACUUCGGAGGGAGAAUCUUGGUGUUGCAACUUUCAUGAUUUUGGAGAAGCAAGUUGAAUUCUUACCCAAGUUGAAGGAGAAGAUAAGCACUCCAGAGGGAGUUCCACGUCUUUUCGAUUUAAUUAAAGUUCAGGAUGAAAGAAUGAAACUUGCUUUCUUUGCAGCAUUGGGAAACACUGUUGUUGCUAAGGAUCUUGACCAGGCAACACGUAUUGCAUACAGUGGAAACAAAGAAUUUCGACGUGUGGUAACACUUGAUGGUGCACUUUUUGAAACAUCUGGUACAAUGAGUGGUGGGGGAAAUAAGCCUCGUGGUGGCAAAAUGGGGACAUCUAUUCGAGCUGACAGUGUGUCGGCAGAAGCUGUUGCAAAUGCUGACAAGGAACUGUCUAUAAUGGUUGAAAAAUUACAUAGCAUCCGCCAAAGAAUUGCUGAGGCAGUGCGGUGUUACCAGGCAUCUGAAAAAGCAAUUGCUAUCCUGGAGAUGGAAUUAGCUAAAAGUCAGAAAGAGAUUGACAGUUUGAAUUCACAACAUAGUUAUAUUGAGAAACAACUUGAUUCACUGGAGGCUGCAUCACAGCCAAGGAAGGAUGAGCUUGAUAGGUUGGAGGAGCUCAAGAAAAUAAUUUCUACAGAAGAAAAGGAGAUUGAUAAACUUAUACAAGGGUCUAAAGAGCUGAAAGAGAAGGCUUUGGAGCUUCAGAAUAAUAUAGAAAACGCUGGUGGUGAAAGAUUGAAAGCACAAAAGUUAAAGGUCAAUAAGAUUCAAUCUGAUAUCGAUAAAAAGAGCACAGAGAUCAACCGCCACAGAGUCCAAAUAGAGACUGGCCAAAAAAUGAUGAAGAAGUUGACUAAAGGGAUUGAGGAGUCAAAGAAGGAGAAAGAAAGACUUGUUGAGGAAAAGGAAAAAUUGGGAGGCGUUUUCAAAGAAAUUGAGCAGAAAGCAUUUACAGUUCAAGAGAAUUAUAAAAAGACACAGAAGCUGAUCGAUGAACAUAAAGAUGUAUUAGACAAUGCAAAAUCCAAUUAUGACAAAGUGAAAAGGACUGUGGAUGAGUUACGGGCAUCAGAGGUUGACGCCGAAUACAAAUUACAAGACAUGAAAAAGGCAUACAAGGAGUUGGAACUGAAGGCAAAGGCUUACAAAAAAAGGCUUGACGACUUGCAAACUGCUCUUAUAAAGCAUAUGGAACAAAUUCAGAAAGACUUAGUGGACCCUGAAAAGCUUCAGGCAACCUUGACUGAUGAAACCCUUAACGAGCCCUGUGGCCUAAAAAGGGCCCUUGAAAUUGUAGCACUUCUGGAAGCACAACUGAAGGAGAUGAAUCCAAAUCUUGAUUCUAUCUCAGAAUAUCGGACAAAAGUAUCAUUAUAUAAUGAACGAGUUGAGGAACUAAACAAGGUCACUCAACAGCGUGAUGACAUAAAGAGGCAGUAUGAUGAAUGGAGGAAGAAGAGGUUGGAUGAGUUCAUGGCAGGAUUCAAUGCAAUAUCUUUGAAGCUGAAGGAGAUGUAUCAGAUGAUCACACUUGGAGGUGAUGCAGAACUUGAGCUAGUGGACUCUUUGGAUCCGUUCUCUGAAGGUGUUGUUUUCAGUGUCCGACCACCAAAGAAGAGCUGGAAGAAUAUUGCAAAUUUAUCGGGUGGUGAAAAGACUUUGAGUUCAUUAGCUCUUGUUUUUGCGCUUCAUCACUACAAGCCAACCCCGCUUUAUGUAAUGGAUGAGAUUGAUGCUGCACUGGACUUCAAAAAUGUUUCUAUUGUGGGGCAUUAUGUGAAGGACCGAACAAAGGAUGCCCAGUUUAUAAUCAUAAGCCUUAGAAACAACAUGUUUGAAUUGGCUGAUCGACUUGUUGGGAUCUACAAAACUGAUAAUUGCACUAAGAGCAUUACAAUUAACCCAGGUAGUUUUGCAGUUUGUGAAAAAGCUGCCUGAUGAUGCAUUUGUUUUUGGUGGCUUUCCUUAGUUAAUGGUUCCAUGUCAUAAUUAAUUAUUUACCUGGUUGUCAUAGAAUCAAUUAUUUAUUUGGUUCUGUGAGUCUGCAUAUAUCAAAUACUUAUUUAUUUUUGAAUGUGUUGAUGUGUUAUAUAUAAUAGCUUUUACUUUUGCGCACAA